AUGCCCGUCGCGUUACAUAAGGUGCAAAAGCACAUUUCCAAGAAGAGAGGCGCUGCCGAUGCGCUCCACGAGAACAGCCGUGAUGCUCGACGUUUACGUCGAGCGGGGCAUCGCGAUGAUCGUCUGUCCCGCCAUGCUUCCAUGACUUUAAAGGCCCGCCAACCAUACACUGAUCGGAUUGAGUUCUUCCAUGAUGCCGUUCAAUCAAUUGACCAACCCUUGACCGAUGCCGACUUGACUGAAUUGGUUACGAGAUUCAUCAACCGAGACACAGAAGAGCUUACCCAACUCCAACAAGAACGGCGAAAAGGCCGACCUCCCACUCGACGGGAGGAAGCAUUGAAGCAACGAUUACAGACGGAGGAGAAAGAAUUCAAAACGGGCUUCUGGAUGCCAGAUCUCACGGAAGAGGAUGUACUUUUUGCUUUAAAGCGAUGGAAUGGCCAGUGGUCAGGUCUUAGUACCCUGAAAUUCCUCCGGUUGUUCCAGGGGGGAAACAAGCAAGCCUCGAGCUUCCCACCGAAGGGUGCGUCAUGA